GUGCCUUGGCUUUCAGUUGAUCGCGGAUCGUGGCCGUGACAAGUUGCAAUUCUAAUUUUAUAGGAAGUCAAGAGCUCAACGUUCAUACUUAGAAUUUAAUCGGUGAUUACUCAAUUCCAUUCCUCGUAUUUUUGAUGUAACUAAAGUGACUUGCGAUGCUGCUGCUAUCACUGUUUCUGAUGACCUUUUCCAUGAGAACGGAACCCACUGAAGCGGCUCAAAUUCUGGGCUUGUUUCAACAUCCCGGCAAGAGUCACUUUGACUUCUUUAGGCCUAUGUUUUUGGCCUUGGCGGAAAGAGGUCACAACAUCAGCAUGUAUAGCUAUUUUCCACUGGAGAAACCAGUGACCAACUAUACGGACCACGUCUUCCAAGGAAUGCCGCUGCUCACGGACAUUGUGGACUUAAAAAUAUUCGAAUCGGAAUGGAAGCCAUUGGGACUGCCGUUCAAGGUGCCCACCUUUUUCAUGCUCCACGAUUGGGGCCUGCGAUCCUGUAAGGUGGCCUUGAAUUCCCCACUCAUCGCCCAGCUGCUGGAGUCAUCCAUUCAAUAUGACGUCAUAAUCCUGGAGAAUUUCUCCAACGAUUGCAUGGCAGCGGUGGCUCACCUGCUGAAAGCACCUGUGAUUGCGUUGAGUAGCUGUGCGAUAAUGCCAUGGCACUACAAACGAAUGGGCAGUCCGUUCAUUAACCAUAUAAUGCCCAUGAACUUCCUGCCCUACACAGAUGAGAUGGGUCUGAUCGAUCGGCUGAAUAAUUUCUUCCAUUUCCACACAGUGAACACACUUUACAAUUUGAUUACCCAACCAGCCACCGAUGCAAUGAUUGCUCAGAGAUUUGGGCCCAUACUGCCUCCCAUCAAUGAGAUCGUGAAAAAUACAAGUCUUAUGCUAAUCAAUCAGUAUUAUGCUCUUACCGGACCACGCCCAUAUGCUCCAAAUGUUAUUGAAGUUGGAGGGCUGCAAGUGGGUCCUCUAAAACCUCUGCCACAACAUCUUUUAGAUCUGUUAGAUCGCUCUCCCAACGGAAUCAUCUAUAUAAGCUGGGGAUCCAUGGUGAACACCAACACACUACCUUUAGCCAAAAGGAGUGCGCUUUUCCAAAGCAUUUCCCAUCUGAAAGAAUACAACUUUGUGAUGCGCUGGAAAGAUGAUAAUUCCCUGAUAAAUGAUAAGCCACCCAAUCUGUACACCUUCGACUGGUUGCCCCAGAGAGAUCUUUUGUGUCAUCCAAAGGUGAAGGGUUUUAUUUCCCAUGGAGGACUUUUGGGCACCACUGAGGCGGUUCAUUGUGGAGUUCCGAUGUUGGUGACACCUUUCUACGGGGAUCAGUUUCUGAAUGCCGGCGCCAUGAAACAGCGGGGCUUUGGAGUGAUCGUUGAUUUCAGUGAUUUCGAUACGGAUCACAUAACCAGGGGACUUGGAAUAAUACUCGACAAAAAAUUUGCGGAUAAUGUUCGCCGCUCUACCGAAGCCUUUCGCGAGCGACCCAUUUCUCCCCUCGAAUUGGCUAUCUGGUGGAUCGAGCAUGUGAUUACAUCAGGGGGAGCACCUCUUAUUAAAAGUGAAGCCAGACAUAACAACUGGAUUAUCUACAACUCAAUCGAUGUUUACCUGUUUUGGCUGGGAGUCGUAUGGCUGCUGAUCGCCACCCUUUGGAAGCUUAUCAGGGGAAUUGGAUCAGUUUUUGUUCGGUCGAAAAGCUCAAGUCAUCCAAAAACAAAGCAGCAAAAAUUUUACUUUUCGGAGAAAACAAUGUGGCCUCCGCUGGGCGUUCUAGUCUUCCUGGCCGUGUCCUUCAGCCAACCCCAUGAGUUGGUGGAAGCCGCUGGUCCGCUGAAUGUGCUGGGCCUCUUUCCCCAUCCCGGAGUCAGCCACUUCCACUUCUUCCACCCCAUCAUGCGGGGUCUGGCCGAGGCGGGACAUGACGUGAGCGUGGUUUCCCAUUUCCCGGACAAGCAUCCGGUCAUCCGCUACAAGGAUUUCCCCCUGACCGGGAUAGACAAGCUCACGAACAGUGUGGAUCUUAAGUUCUUUGAAAAGCGCACUUUCUACAAUCACUUCUUGGAGUUCUUCUUGCUUCACGAGUGGGGCAAACAGGCCUGCAAUUUUACGCUCCGAUCGGAUGCACUGCAGCAGAUCCUCAAGCGUCGUCCGGGACACUUUGACGUCAUUAUUAUGGAGCAGUUCAACACGGACUGUAUGAUGGGGGUGGCGCAUCAACUCCAAGCGCCGGUGAUUGCUCUAAGCAGCUGUGUGAUGAUGCCCUGGCACUACGAGAGAAUGGGAGCCCCUUUGUUACCCUCCCACGUCCCGGCACUCUUCAUGGCCCAGUCGCAGGAUAUGGACUUCGGUGGUCGUCUGGCCAACUGGUUUAGCACCCAUGCCUUGAAUUGGAUGUACAAAUUACUAUCUGUACCCGCGGCCGAUGCCCUGGUUCAAUACAAAUUCGGCCACGAUGUCCCUUCGGUGGGUGAGCUGGCUAAGAACACAUCCUUGUUCUUUGUGAACCAGCACUAUUCGCUGUCAGGACCCAAGCCAAUGCCCCCCAAUGUGAUCGAGUUGGGCGGCAUACAUAUCCAGAAAUCGAAACCCCUGCCUGAUGAUCUGCAGCGCAUAUUGGACAAUGCCGAGGAAGGAGUGAUCCUGAUCAGUUGGGGCUCCAUGAUCCGGGCGAAUUCCCUUUCGGCCGCCAAAAGGGACGGCAUCGUACGGGCUGUGGCCCGAUUGAAGCAGAAGGUUAUCUGGAAGUGGGAGAACGAAACGCUGCCAAAUCAGCCACCCAAUAUGUACAUUAUGAAGUGGCUACCCCAGCGCGAUAUCCUCUGUCAUCCGAACGUAAAGGUGUUCAUGUCCCAUGGUGGACUAAUGGGCACCUCGGAGGCAGCCUACUGUGGAGUUCCAGUGGUGGCCACGCCCAUGUACGGCGAUCAGUUUGUGAAUACAGCCGCUUUGGUUCAGCGCGGCAUGGGAACCAUCCUGCCAUUUGAGGACAUCGGAGAGAACACAGUGAUGCGGGCUUUGAAAAAGGCACUAGACAAGAAGUACUACGAUGCCGCCAAGGUCGUCUCACACGCCUUCAACCACCGCCCACAGCAAGCCCUGCAAACCGCCAUUUGGUGGGUGGAGCACGUGGCCCACACGGGCGGAGCUCCACUCCUGAAACCCAGUGCCGUGCAUAUGUCCCGAUUCACCUACUACUCCCUGGACUGCUACGCUGUGCUGGCCGUAAUCCUGGCCAGCAUCAUUGCCAGUUGGUUGAUGCUCAUCUUUCGACCGAUCCGGAUCACUCUCCCGGAAAAUCAACGCCGCAAUAUGUGUGUUUGGAAAGGUUUCUGCCUACUGGCGCUUCUUUCUCUGGUAGUUUCCAGCGAAUCCCUGCGUAUCCUGGCUAUCUUUCCCGUUCCGUCCAUGAGCCACUUUAAGUUCUUUCACCCGAUUGUGCGUAAACUAGCCGAGAAUGGUCACAGUGUGGAUGUCAUCAGUCCCUUCGAUGACAAGGAGCCGCCAAAAGGCUAUACAAAUUAUCUGCUGCCGGCCACCACAAUGACGGACACAAUUAACUUGGAGGAUUUCGAGAGGCCUUUACAGUUUUUAUUCCACUACAUCGAAUUCUUUGUCCUGUACAACAUGGGAAAAGAAAACUGCAACACCACUCUACACAGCUCAGCCGUAUCUGAGAUCCUGAAGCAUCCUCCUGGUUAUUACGAUGUCAUCCUGCUGGAGCAAUUCAAUACUGAUUGUGCAAUGGGAGUGGCCCAUGUGCUGCAAGCACCGGUCAUUGGGAUGAGCAGUUGUGCCUUGAUGCCCUGGCAUUAUGAGCGAUUGGGUGCUCCUCUGAUCCCGUCCUAUAUCUCAGCCCUGUUCCAGGGACAAUCCCAGAAUAUGUCCUUUGCGGGAAGGCUCGGUAACUGGAUUACUGUACACUCGCUCAAUUUACUGUACAAAAUUUUUACAGUUCCCGCUGCCAAUGCCGUGAUCCGCCAGAGAUUCGGUCCUGGCUUACCCUCCACGGAAGACAUGGUCAGGAAUACUUCUUUGAUGCUGGUCAAUCAACACUUCUCGCUGAGUGGACCUAGACCGCUGCCCCCGAAUGUCAUCGAAGUCGGUGGUGUGCACAUAGGCCCAUCGAAACCUCUACCCUCAGAUAUCCAACAAAUACUGGAUAAUGCCUCCAAAGGAGUGAUUCUCAUAAGUUGGGGCUCUCAGCUGAAAGCGAGUUCCCUUCCCGCUGCCCGAAGAGAUGGUAUAGUUCGUGCCCUUGGAAAAUUGGAGCAGCAGGUGAUCUGGAAGUAUGAAAACGAUACUCUUCCGAAUAAGCCUGCAAAUCUGCAUAUUAGGAAGUGGCUACCGCAGCGUGACAUCCUCGCUCAUCCUAAUCUAAAAGUAUUUAUGUCCCACGGUGGAUUGAUGGGCAUCACAGAGGCGGUGGCUAGUGCAGUGCCUAUUGUGGGUGUUCCCAUUUACGGCGAUCAGUCUCUCAAUAUUGCCGCAUUGGUACAGCGAGGAAUGGCCUUGCAGCUGGAGCUCACGAAACUGGAUGAAAAUACAGUCUUUGAAGCGCUUACCAAGGCCCAGGAUCCCUCUUUUAAAGUACGAGCUAAGGAGGUAGCUUCAGCUUACAACAAUCGCAUUCAGGAUCCUUUGGAGACUGCCAUCUGGUGGGUAGAACAUGUGGGGGAGACCAAGGGAGCUCCUCUGACCCAACCAAGUGCAGUUUAUCUCUCCCGUUUCGUUUACCACUCCCUGGAUGUGUAUUUGGUGGUUUUCCUAAUCCUUCUGCUGCCUGUGAUCACCUUAGUCGGAUUAAUCCGUUUGUGUAGAAAAGAAGAGCCUAAAAGCUCCCCAAAGCUGAAAAGCAAAAGAAACUAGUUCGUAGAUUUAUUUAUUUAUUUAUAUGUUUUUGUUUUUACAGAUUAUGUUCGAUUUGAAAAAGAAGUA